AUGGACUGCAUAGUACGCCUCGCCGAGUUGGGCGGCUUUAAUCCACUGGACCUCACCUCAAACACCGUACCGCGCGAGCAUGUUCUAUGUUCUGCUGUGACUGUCGUCUAUAUGCAUCUUCCCAUCUUGCCAUGUGACUCGGUGUUUCCGGGUGCUAUUGGUCUCAGUGACUCGCACUGGGGUACCCGCUGUACCUUGCUGAACAUAUUCAAUGUUGACUUGGCCUCCGUCGACUCUGUCUCUGGUGUGAGUUUUGAGCCGGACAACAUCACUUGGCCAGGCGAGACACCGUUCCAUUCAUCGGGUUGA